CUUACUCAGUUUUGUUUGGCAAGUUAUGCAAAUUCGUUGCUGAACUUAUACAAAUUCGUUACUCUCAAUAAAAAAAACUUCAAAGAUAUACAUUAGACUUGUAUUAAAAAGACUUAGGGAAGUAUGAAUUUAAGAAUCUUCUUCGUGGCAGCUAUUUUUGGAACUGUUCUUGGUAAACGUGCAAGUAAUAUUUACAUCCCGCUUGUUAAAGUUCAGAGUGACAACAGUUGAUAAUUUGAUAGUCAAUGUGUUACGAAAGAAUACAUUGACGAAGUGUAUGCUAACAUAUCAAAUCGUAUCGAGGAACAAGAUCGCAAAUGCCAUUCAGACGGAGAAGAUUAUGCCACAAAAGAAGACAUUGCAGAAUUCAAUAGAAAAUUAAUUGCGAACAUUUCUAAAAUGUUAAUGGAACAGUUUAAAUCAAAACCUAUAGACUGUGAAGAUAUUCAAGACGACAGUGACGUAACUACUGGAAUUUACAUCAUAUACCCGUAUCAACGAGCAGGAGGAAUUUCAGUAAGAUGCGAUAUGGACACAUCAGCUGGCGGAUGGACUGUUAUACAAAGGAGAGUUUCUAACAGCAGCUUUUAUAGGAAUUGGGAUGAGUAUGAAGCUGGUUUUGGUAAUCUCGACGAGAACUUCUGGCUUGGAAAUCGCAAUAUACACUUAAUCACGAAUCAAGUUAAAUACGAACUUCGUGUUGACCUUACUAGUACUGAUGGGGAAACGGCUUAUGCUCAGUAUCGCGAAUUUUCUGUCGGUAAUGACGAGUCCGGUUACAAGUUGUUUAUCAAGGGCCUUAGUGGUACUGCCGGUGAUGGUCUAACGGGACAAGAUGGAAUGAAAUUUUCUACCUACGACAAAGACAACGACGUCGACAGCGGAAGGAACUGUGCGGUGACAUUUCACGGUGCUUGGUGGUACACUAGUUGUCAUUAUUCAAAUCUAAAUGGCGAUUACGGCAACACCGCAUACGCCAAAGGUCCUGUUUGGGAACCAUGGAAGGGAUAUUAUUCUCCUAUGAAGACCACGGAAAUGAAGGUGCGCCGAAUAGGAUAAUUCGUAUGGCUGACGGAAGUUCAUUACUAUCAUAAACUUAUAAUGAUAUAUCAAAUGUAUAAACAAUAUGUUUUAUUAUACGCAUUUCGUAAAAAAUGUACCCAAAAUUAAUAUUUGCUUCAGCUGAGUUAGAUAUUUCUUUGAUGCUAGUUAAAAUGUUGUUAAACAGUAACUUAAAAUGAUGCACCAUUAAAUUAUAAAUAAUUAAAUUACACUAUUUGCAACGAUAGCGAUCAAAUAAAUAAGGAUAGCAAAAAAUAAAAAUAAUACAUUCACACUCAAUCAUUGCGUGUCGCGAUUCUUGUUUUUAUAAAUUUUGUUGCCGACUAUUGAAAAAAAGAGUUAUAUAUCAGUUCGCAAACUGUUUCUACUUAACAUGGUUUUGUAAUGUUCACUUCAGCAGUAAAUUAAAUUAAUAUAUAAGAACUGAAUCAGAUAUUGAUUAUUCCUGUCUCGUUAGAAAGAUUCGUUAAACAAAUUUGUUCUGCUUAUUUUGCUUGAAAAUACUAAAACAUAACAGGUACAAUUCUGUUGAUAGAUAUAUAUGUAUUCAAGUCCAAUGUGGUAUCAUUUAUUGUUUACACCGCCUAUUUUCUGUGAAUUUAUUAAUAAUUUGCUUAAUUAAUAUGAACCAGAGCUCAGAUCCAAUCUACAAAUCAACAUAAUAUUCUCUUUUUCGCUGUAUACCUGAGUGUCAUUUCAUAUAGGAUGGCAAUCGUAAUAAGACGAGUGUACGAGGUAUCGAAGUGUAUAAAUGUAACUGACUAUAUGACUAUUUAAUAGGCCAAUGAUAUUAUUCAUAAAUACUGGAAAAGACACAUGUAUUUUAACUCACGUUUUCUGUUACAUAAUCUAAGGAGUCUUUAGAUAUAAAUCAAAACCCUGAAAGGACUGAUAGCCGACAUUUGAAAAUUCCAAAUUGCUUUGUGCAUAGACAGGUCAUGAUUUGAACAAUGUUGGUAGUGGUCAACUAGACAAUGCUACAUGUCAAUUAUCUAAGCUCUGUGCAAUGUGAGAUUUUUAAAGGUUUUCCAUAAACAACUCGGUGUAAAACUAACUUUGCCCCAGGGUUGGGCCAAUUUCAACCCUUACCCUAACCUAAUCCUAAUCCUAACCCUAGAGCGGAGUGAUUCCGAAUAUUUCGAAUGUGAGUAUAAAGUUCAUAAUUAUUUUUGAAAUCCGUUGCUGCUUGUUUUUGUUGUUUAAAACAGAAACCUCAUUUACCUCAUUUGCAUACACACUCGCACAAUACCAAGAUUACAAAAAAUAAAUAUGGGACUAUUUUUUCCACGUCCAGAAUAUUUGUGUGAUGCGGUCACAUAGAAAUAGAAGGAAAACUCAAACGACUCAAGGUUGAAACUUUGUAGUUGAUUUAGAGUUAUAGCCAGUUGCCAUAGCACUAGCUAAAAAGAAGUUUUACUGUACAGUAAAAAAAUAAAGUUCCCAGUUUUCUGAUUGAAAACUUAGGGCAUAUGUUACAUAUAUAUUUAUAGUGUCUAAUAUGACUUUGAUAACACAGAAUGGUGUUCAUAUUCUUCCUUACCAGGAUAUAUUAUCCGGAUCCAAGCUGACGGAUCCAAGCUGAUAUGAAUGACCAAAACAUAAAUGACAAUAAAGUAUUUUCAAAGGAGAGGCAGACAUUGUGUCUUUUUUAUCGGUAUUUAUCUGUUACUUUGUUUAAUGAUCUGGUAUGUAACGGCGGCCACUUGAUCUGCUUUUCUUACAAAUACAGAUUUGUUUUUUACUCCAAAGACAUAGAGGACGAAUAGUUGUGACGUCAUGCAAUCACAUGCUGUGAAAUCAUUCAUAUUCGUCUGAAACUAACUUUUGUGGAGAUCGUUGUUGCGUUUGUCCAAGAAUUUUAAAUAUUAUCGAAUGAAUUUAAUUCCCAUUAUUUUACAUGCAGAACUUGAAAUCCACGAAUUGAUAUCCCAAGAGUUUGGCCAAAACAACGACACGCUAUUAUUAGUUGCCGGUAGGAACCGGCGACUAUAUUUGAUACGCUUUAGGAUUCUGCAACUGGUAGGAGAAGUUAUUAAAAUGUGACAAUGAAAAAAAUGAUAUUGUAAAUAAAAGAAAUAUAGGGCAGUUAAUGAAAGACUUACAUUAAAGAAUUAGCAGCUGAAGAUUACAUAAGUUUUUUGUUAUAGCUUUUUUAGGAAAAUUAGAAAAAUGUAUAAAGGACUUAUCCCUAUACUCCGUAUCAAUAGCCCUAUCACGUGAACUGGGACAUGCAACAUUCUCACUA